UUAACUUAAAUAUUGUUCUUAGACAAGCAGGUGCCCCGUUAAUUGAUUGAUACUGAACGCACUUUGAUAAUAACUUCCGGUCUGUAGCAGGGAAGCUGGAAACUUUGGAAACUUUAAAUUUCCGACUUUAGGCAAGCAAGUAAAGAGUAGACACUGAAGAAGAAUGGAGAUAGAGAGUAUAUCAGAGUAUGAUUGUGGGGAUGGAAGAUGUAGGGACAUGUUUUGGGAGUUUGUCUACAUUGUAGUUAUCCCAGGGGCAUUGCUAUUUAUUAUAGUCUUCAUAACUAGCGUACUGAUGUGUUGUUCUGCUUGUAAGAGGAAAAAGCCAGACAGCUUGACUGAUGAGACACAGUUGAUUGGUUAUAAUUCAAUUCGUCGAGCAUCUUUGAGUUUGCGCCAGUUAUCACACAAUAGGGACACACCACUGUUGUCUAGCAGAGCAAACAGAGAAGCUCGCACAGCCUCGUUAAAUCUGGAUAGAGACCAACGAUAUAGGCGAGGGGGUAGGGGAACUGCAAGUGCACCUGGAACAUUGCAGAGAGAUAGAGAUCGUCACCAGCGUCACAAUAGAGAUAGACAAUCUGACAUACCACCUCAGUAUAGUACACCUCCCAGGUUUCCUUCAGCAGGGGAAUUAAACACAGGCUCUGGUGUAGAAUAUGCAGAAUUAAACCAUGGAUUGACGGUUGCUGCUGAAGCCAGGCAAGAGAAAAAGCAAAUCUUAUAAUGACUUGAGAGGAUUUGUAUAAUAUAAUACAUGUAUAAAUAUAAUGCUGCAGGACUGUGCAAUACUUGAUGUGUUAUAUGAACUAUGUAGGAAUAGAUUAUUUCUUCUCCUG